AUGGAGCCUGAAGCAAGUUACUCGCUGCCUUCGCCAACAGACACCCCCUACCGCUCUCCGUCCAGUUCACAAUCUCUGCGCUCUCGUCAAUCGAAGGAUCUAUCCCCGUCAUCCACACCUCCACCAAUACCUGACGGGCGAGUCAACAAAAGACGAAGCAAUGAAUACAUCGAUCCUGCCCUUGACGAGAAGAUAUCUCCCCUUGACCCAAGAAGAUUUACCCCAACCCUCCAUGCCUCGCUGGUCUCGGAAAUCUUGUCUUUGCGCCGCGACCUGGAAAGUCGGACGAAUGACAUCGAAAAGUUGGAAAUCAGUCUUCACACGGCCCAGACCCAGAAUGAAGUCCUCAACAACAAUUUGUUGCAAUCCAAUAAGGAGACACGGUCGGUCAAACGACAGAUGCAACUUCUCGAGGGCGGAACACUUUCGGCUCUCAAUGAACUGGCCAAGGAACGGGAUGAUGCCUUAAGCGAUGUCUCCGACCUACGCAGGCGUCUUGAGCAGAGCUUGAACAGGGCCAGGUAUCAAGAAGAAGCUGCCGACAGAACUCAGGCGAUGUGGGAGAAAGACAAGGAAGCAUGGCUUGCAGAAAGACGGCAAUUAGAAACAAAGGUUCAUAUUGCCGAAGGUCGCCUGAAAGUCGUCCUGAGUGAAGUCACCAAUGCUCAGCACCAGCCGGCCCCUGUCUCGCCGACAGAACGCACAUGUCACAGUCGCAAUAGCAUAAUGGAAAGUCCCAGCAAAGGUUCCAUACUGAACAGGAGAGGCCGGAGGUACAGCGCCGCCUCCAUCAACAGUGAGACCCACGGAGGUCGGGUUUCAGUAUUGAGCUUUCAGAACGGAGUGACGGUGAACCUGGCGGAUGAGCUAGCCUUCGAUGAACUUGAAGAAGAUAUGGCUCAAGCUCACGAUGCCGAAGAUGGGCGCAUUUCCCCUGACGCCCUUCCUGAGGAACAAGUCCGACCGGCAUCGAGCCUAUCCUUGAAAGCACGGAAAGUCCUCGGGAUGCCACUGGAAUUGGAGGACAUGGAACGCACAGAUAGCCCUGAGCAUGACCGAUCCGCACCCUCGCAUGUGGUUGGAAAACGUCGCAGGGCGAGUCUGAAAUAUGUGGACACAGCAAUUCAGUUUUCUCCACCUCAGUCUCCAUGGCUGGCCUUCGAUACAAGAGGCAAGUUCAAUAUAGUCCCACCAGCAGAGACUCACGUCGGCGGUAUCAGCGAGCUUCCUGCCACCACCGGCCCUGCCAGUCCGGCUGAGAGUGUUGAUAUCGUCUGGGGAAGGCAGCGACCAGUGAUGGUUUCAUCUGCCUGUCAAACCAUAGAGGCUCUCCCAAGUCCUCCUUUGACACCGGAAAAGAGUGACAGGACACGAGCGACCAUACCUGAAAAUGCAUUGAAAAGAGCCAAGACCGCCACUGUCAGUACGCAGACAGAGCCUACCGCUUCUGGAUUUGACACCCGCGGUCACAAGUACACCGAAAGUGAAGAGACGGUAGAUCUCAAGGUCCCUCUGAUUGCAAUCAUUCCUCCUGGAUCGCGACCUACCACACCUGAAGGUAAUGUCGUGCUACCACCCCGAACCAAGAACGUAGGCACCCAGGUCACCAGUCAAUCAUUGGGCAGGUAUCGAUCGACUUCUGUGCAGACAGAAGAGAUUCGAGUUGAUAAAAGAGCCAUUGUCCCACCCUCCGAAAUGCCACCGCCACCUCUGAUGUCGGCUCAUUUUAGGCCGCCAAUCUCUUCUCGGGCAAUGCCUCCACCAAUCCCACGAACGAGAGUGUCACCUGCAACAUCCAUGUUCGCUUCUAGACGGACAAUGGCUGGGCCUUCGAAGGGACCUACACCGCCCCUGAAUGACAAUGGUCCUCUGGCAAGAGAUUUUGCCUCGAAUGUGCCUCGUCCGGUGCGCUCGAGCAGCAUGUUUGCUGGCUUCGACGAAGAUGGCGAGAAACGUGACAAUCUUUUCGGCGAAGACAACCUUCAAGAAGAUGAUAUCUUUAGUCGCCCGACUGCCAAAUUUGUCCUCAAGUACGGCAAAAUGGUGGCUCAAGACUCUGCUUUGGAAGACAUUGGCGAAAGCGCUGCGGCAAGCGCUGGUGAAGCAGCCGCCUGGGACAACCUUCGACUGUCUGAUGAGAGCCUGCCUCCUGACGUGAUAUUCCAAGCUCGGACGAGUCCCCGGCGAGGCACGCAACGACAGAAUACUAGCAUGAAAGUCAAGAGAGUGUCGUCAUCCAAAACGAACAACAUGAGAAGAGCGGCCCUCAUUUCGAGUGGCACAGCCGCUCACCAGUCUUCUCAUUCGCAGUCGACAACCGCUUCUGUUGAUAGCAACAACCCCCCACCGUUUCCCGUUCCUUUGCGGUACAGCUCGGCGAAGCUUGGGAAGUCGGUCAGCGAAGGCGGAAGAAGCUCACCUGGCAGCAGCAACGCGUCACCAACAAAACGCACAAAGAAUAGAUAUGCUAAACCGAUAUUGCGGAAAGCAAGGUCAGGCCCGGCGCUCUCUCCUCAUUCUCAAGCGCGUCGAGCUCGAAGCAGAUCUCCUCCCCUCAACCCGCGCGUCUCAAUCGUUCCAGAAAUGCCUAGUUUCCAGAUGCCAACCACUGCAGCUUCUCGCUUGUCGAGCGAGACUUCCAGCAACCCCUAUGAGGCGAGUGCACCGCGUCCGUCCAUCGCUACUGGGCCCGGUAGGAGGGGAGCUCACACCAAGGCAAACUCUGACGCGAUAUCUGUUCAUCAGAGUUCAGUUGUGGACUCGAUUGCUCAGACUAUGGUUGGUGAAUGGAUGUACAAAUACGUGAGACGGCGAAAGUCCUUCGGCAUGACCGACAAGACUGAUUUCGACGCGAACAAGACCGUGGAAGAGCUGUCUCAGAGUGUGACAAAUAGUGGCGUCCGGCACAAGCGAUGGGUUUGGCUUGCCCCCUACGAACGUGCUGUCAUGUGGAGCAGCAAACAGCCGACUUCGGGGACGGCACUGAUGGGAAAGAGUGGGCGGAAACUGACCAUCAAAUCAGUCCUCGAUGUCAAGGACGACAACCCUAUGCCGAAAGGGGCGAUACCGGGUCGCCAUUUCAACCGUUCCAUUCUGAUAUUGACCCCUCAACGAGCCUUGAAAUUUACGGCGACCUCCCGGGACCGGCAUUAUGUGUGGCUCACAGCAUUAUCGUUCUUGUCGCACUCACCUCUCAGCGUUAACGAGCUAACGGCUAUCCCCCCUCCGCCUCCCAAACCUGAACUUGAUACAUCAAAUCAACCUGCGCCUUCUCUUGCUGGUUCACUCCGGCGUCGACCGAUCCGUGAUUCUAUCCGCGUUGCGAAGAAUGCUGUUAGAACUGGUACUGGUCACAGAUCAUUCACUACAGACGGAUCAGUGCCUGUACAGGAUUCCCGGCCUCCCACUCAAAGUUAUUACGACCCGACACAAGAGCCUGCCCUACCACCAGUAAUUCCGCGUCAUUCGCGGAAACGGAGUAACACAGCACCACGAGUGCCACCGAGUUCCUUCCGGAGCUUUUCGACCAGGGAUGCCGCUCCGAGCAUACCGGGACCAGGGUCCACAUAUUCACAAAGUGUGCAUUCCACCGCCGUAUAUUCGUCUGACCGAGGUUUGUAUACUCCUAGUUUGGGCAUGCAGAGUAUUGCAAGCAGUCGGAGAGGUAGCGAGGCAAGUGCUUCGGCACGCCCCCCUAUGCCCUCAAGUUUCACGGAUCACACUCAGACUGCAACCAUGAGGAUGGACGCGUUUAUCGACAACAAAGUCUCAACAUCCUCGACCAGGCCUUCUUUCAACGCGUUGCGAUCAGGGCAGUCGAGGAAGAAGGACCUGGGAUAUUGGGGGUUUGAACAAGCAAGAGACAGCAUCAGCCCUGUGGAAUCAAUGCUUCAUAGCGAGAUGAUGGCAGCAAGUUCCUCCACGAGAGGCAGCGUGGAGUCGAGAGAUCCCUGGCGAGGGUUUUGA